UUGUCCCUGUCGAAAACACUUAAUAAAGUCUACUCCUUGCAGUGGUUAGCCACCAUGGAGAGCAAGGUGCUCCUCGCCUUGUCUGUGUCCGUGCUUGUCGUCGUCCUCCUCACCAAGCUCAUCAUCAAGUCUCCGCUCCUCGCGAAACCAAAGCUUAACCUGCCGCCGGGGCCAUGGACGCUGCCAGUGAUCGGCAGCCUCCACCACCUCAUCGCCGGCGGCCUACCCCACCACGCAAUGCGCCGGCUGGCGCACAAGUACGGACCAGUCAUGAUGCUCCGGCUUGGCGAGGUGCCGGCGUUGGUCCUGUCGUCGCCGGAGGCGGCGCAGGAGGCCCUGAAGACGCAGGACCUCGCGUUCGCCGACCGGAACGUGAACCCCACGCUCAAAGCUCUCACCUUCGACGGCAACGACGUCGCGCUGGCACCCUACGGCGAGCGGUGGCGCCAGCUCCGCAAGAUCUGCGUGACGGAGCUGCUCACCCACUCCCGGGUGCAGUCGUUCCAGCACAUCCGCGAGCAGGAGGUGGCCCGGCUCCUCCAGGACGUCAGUGCGUCCGCCGCCGCAGGCGCUGCCGUCGACCUCACCAAGAUGGUGUCCAAGUUCGUCAAUGACACCUUCGUGCUGGAGUCCGUCGGCAACCGCUGCAAGUACCAUCACGAGUUCCUCGACGCCUUCAGCACAGGUCUCAGGGAAACCUUUUCACUGACCGUUGCUGACCUCUUCCCGUCCUCGAGGGUCCUACAGUUUUUCGCCAUGGCGCCGCGCAAGGUGCUCGCGUGCCGCAAGAGGAUGCAGCGCGUCCUCGAGCAGGUCAUACAAGAGAAAGCGGAAGCCAUGGCCAUGGAUGGCGGCGGUGGCGAGGGGAACAACGAGGGCUUCGUCGGCGUCCUACUAAGGCUCCAGAAGGAACACAGCACCCUGCUCAACCACGCGUCCGUCGUCGGAUUGUUGUUUGACAUGUUUGCUGCCGGCAGCGAGACAACGUCGGCGACGCUUAACUGGUGCAUGACAGCGCUGAUACGGAACCCGGCGGUGUUGGCGAAGGCGCAGGCCGAGGUACGGGAUGCCUUCAAAGGAAGAAACAAGGCGCAGAUAACCGAGCAGGACCUUGGGAGGCUCAGCUACCUCAAGCUGGUGAUCAAGGAGGCCCUGAGGCUGCACACCCCAGGUCCAGUCCUGAUUCCUCGCGUGUGCCGCGAGGCAUGCCGGAUCAUGGGCUACGACAUUCCCAAGGGCAUGGUCUUGUUUGUCAAUGUGUGGGGAAUGUGCAGGGACCCUAAGUAUUGGGACCAACCCGAGGAGUUCAAGCCAGAGCGGUUUGAAGAUAGCAACCUAGACUACAAAGGAACAAGCUACGAGUACCUCCCAUUUGGAGCUGGCCGUCGGAUGUGCCCGGGGGUUACCCUAGGGCUCGCCAACAUCGAGCUUGCAUUGGCAAGCCUUCUAUACCACUUUGACUGGAAACUGCCAGAAGGAAUGGAGCCCAAGGAUGUUGAUGUUUCUGAGGUUUCAGGGUUAGCUGCUUCUAAGAAAACAAGCCUGAUUUUGUACCCCGUUACUCAUGUUCCUCUGGCUGCUAAUGUGUGAACAAGACAUGCAGAUCUAAUAAUAAUAUAAUAAUAAUAAUACGGCGGCGCGUUUUUCAACUGUAUGGCACUAGCAGCUAUGAAAGAUGGUACGUGUAGGAAAUAAAGAUUUAUCCUCUAUGAUGUAUAUAUCCAGUUG